UUUCAGCCUUCAUCUAGUGGCUCGAGUAUCAAAUGUCCAAGUCGGUGUCGAUACCACAGGCACUGUCCGACUUGAAAAGGACAUCCUUGAGACGGUUGAGCAGUGCACGUGGUGUUGGAAAUAAGAAGACCGUUGUGAGCACUUCGACGCCGUUGAGUGGUUUUGUAAUUUUGGUUGAACGAGAAGAGAAGGUUGUUCGGCUGUACGGAACUGCUGCGGAAAGAGCAGGAUUGAGCAUUGGAGAUGAAAUCGUUGGGGUAAAUGACAUGAAAAUAGAAGGAAAAAGUUAUGAGGAAGUCACAACUUAUAUUCAAGAAUGUAUUCGUCGAAAAAUCAUUCAGCUGAAAGUUAGACGUCGUGCAUUAGAAAUUCCAGCAGAAAAUGAAGCUUCUGUUUUUAACUGCACAAAUUCGAAUCGUAUGAUAACGGAUGCAUAUCUAGUUUCCGUGGAUAAGGAUCAUAUCAAGGAAGUUACUAAACGGCUGAAAAAAGAAUACCCCGAAAUUCACACAUAUGACAUGGAGUACAUUGCUGCAACAUCUGGACCACCAUCAGUUGCUCCACGGGGUUCAGUUCACACAAAUGGAUUUGGGAUCGAAAGAGGAUCUCUCCGUCGUCCACCUGAACAAUUUGAAAUGCAAGAAAAGAAAAGGAAAGAACAAGAAAAUACAUUUUUGAGAAGUUCAUUGCGAAAAUCCAAGAAGCUUCAAGCUCUGGCACGAAAUGUAGAUCCACUUACUAAUGAACCCAUGAAAGUGACGUCAUUUGCUAAUCCACUCGCUGAAGUUGAAGAAACUCCAUCGAGAAAGACGGAAAAUGGAGCAACAAGGAUAACUGUUGGAGAGGAAGUUCUAGAAAGUUCAGAAGUUCUUAUUGACGAGGAAAAUAAGGAUUCUAGGCAGCUUGACGAAGUAAUUAUAUCUGUUGAACGAAUUGCAUCAAAGCUCUCUUCAAUGCAAGGGCGCGAAAGUGACGUCGCAAUGCUUCGAGAUUUCUUCGCAGCUCCACCAAUUCAAGCUGCUAUUGAACAAACAGUUAAGCAGAACGGGAAAUGCGGAACAACAUCAUCUGGAAUUGGAACCGAUUCUGGCGGUGAUUCUUCGUCGUGUACAUCUUCCCCCAUCCCACCAGUUAUAAUGAAUGGGAAUGGAAAAUCAGAGAGAUGCCCAUCAACAUCAUCUUCAUCUUCUGUAUCUCCAAGAAAUGCUCCAAAUGUUAAAGUAGUUGAAGUUGUGAAGGAUGAGGAUAGUUAUCUUGGCGCAACGGUUCGAAAUGAAAAUAAUAAAAUAAUAGUCGGAAGAGUUGUGAAAGGAGGAAUUGUAGAAAAGAUGAACUUAUUCCAAGAAGGUGAUGAACUACUUGAAUUGAAUGGAUCUUCAUUGAAAGGAAAGCAAGUGAACGAGAUCUGUGACAUCCUUCGAAAUCUUUCGGGGCCAAUUACUUUUGUAGUUGCACCAAAAGAAGAACAAGACACCGAACAACCAACUGAUACGGCUACAAAUACUGUCACAGCAAAGAAGUCUCAACAGCAUGUCCAACAUCUUCGAGCCCUUUUUGAUUACGAUCCAGAAGAUGACGUGUAUGUACCUUGUAAAGAGUUGGCAAUGAAAUUUCAAAGAGGAGAUAUUCUACACGUGUUAAACACAAAAGAUGAUAACUGGUGGCAAGCAUAUAGAGAUGGAGAAGAUAUUCAACAUUCAUUGGCAGGAUUAAUUCCUAGUUCCUCGUUUAGACAACAAGUAGUCCUAUACGCUGAUGAAGUUGAACGAGAGCAAGAGCAAAAACGAAAAGAAUGCAAAGGAAAGAAAAAGAAGAAGCUCGAGGUCAAAAAAGGGGCUGACGAGGAAAAUCUUCCAGCAAUCGGAGUAUAUUCUGACUUCCUGACUUAUGAAGAAGUUGUGCUUGAACUACCAAAAGCCACACAUCGAAGACCGAUUGUUCUCUGUGGAGCUGAAGGAGUUGGAUGUUUGAAGCUGAGAGACCGUCUUCUGGAAUCAGAUCGGAUAACGUUAGCUUGCCCAGUUCCAUAUACUUCUCGAACCCCAAAAGAAGGCGAAUUCAACGGAGUUCACUAUCAUUUUGUAUCAAAACAAAAAUUCCACGAAGAUGCCAAAUCUGGAAAGUUUGUCGAAUUUGGUGAAUAUCAAAAGUUUUGGUACGGAACAGCCAAGAAGGAUGUUGUUAAUGUAAUUGAACGUGGAAAAACAUGUGUCAUGACAUUGAAAGCUGAGAGUCUCGGAGCGAUUCGAUCUCCAGAUAUUCAACCAUACAUAAUAUUUAUUGCUGCACCAUCACUUUAUAUUCUUCGAAGACAACGAGAAGUUGAAGGAACUUUUGGAGUGAAAGAUGAUGAGUUGAAAGCAAUUUUGACACAAAGCAAAAGUAUUGAACAGAAAUACGGGCACCUUUUCGAUGGAAUCAUAGUCAACAUCGAUUUUGAAAAAUCAUUCCGUGAGCUGAAGCAAAUUCUAAUGAAAGUGAAUACGGAGCCAAUGUGGGUGCCGGCUACAUGGACAGCGUGCUAAUUUGUAAUCGAAAAAAUCAUAAUUAUCGGUUCGUCGAGUACUCCCAAAAUCAUAAAAAUCGAUAUCUAGUCUUCAAUUGUCAUCAUCUCUCCCCGGUCUUUGUAUUCUUAAAAUUCCCAUUGAUCAGAUCAUUCCCAUUAUGACGCUUUUAUUGUUUUGGAUUUUUUAAUUCUACACAUUCCCCUAUGGGUAUUUUAUGAGCUGUGAUUUUGUUUUCUUUGAAUAAUCAUGAAUAAUUAAAAACAAGUUUGCAAAUG